AUCUCCUUGCAGUCCAAGGGACUCUCAAGAGUCUUCUCUAACACCACAGUUCAAAAGCAUCAAUUCUUCGGCGCUCAGCCUGCUUUAUGGAUGGAGGGCUGUAUUUUUACCCCUCAGAGUUGUGUCCAAGGUGUUUCGGGUCUUGGAUCUGCUCCCAGAUGCUCUGUUGCUACACUGCUGUGUGCCAGCUUGUUCUCAGUUAGGCGGCCUUUCUUGUGGAGCUGGCUGGGGCUCCUGGGAGCGCUGAAUGAGGGUGUCGAGGCAUCCUGGUUCAGUGCCCAUCUCAAAGGAAACUUCCUAACUUGCAACCUUGUGUGUGAUGCUUCCCAGGAGUGGUUUCUUCUUUGCUGCUUUGGUGCAUGUCUCUUUACAACCUUAGUUUGCAUGGAAUGUUUUUAAACUGUGAAUGCUUGUUGAAUUUUUCCGAACUUUUCUCCAUCCAUUCAGAUAAAUGGAACAACUGGUGGAAAUUUUUCUAAUGUUAGAUCAUCUUGCGUUCUUGUGAUAAAACUGCCUCAACUGUACAGUCCUGUAACACAGAGCUGGGCCCCGCCUGGUCCACAGUACAUAGAUGUUUGCAUCGUGGUUUCUUUGAAGAAACUUGGUGAGUUCCAUUCUUGUUUUCCUUUUCUGGCUCUGCUGCAGGACUUGCGAGGUCUGUUCCCCAGCCACGGAUUGAACCUGAGCCCCAGCAGUGAAAGUGCUGACCCCCCGACAGGGGUUUGAGCUCCGGUUUCUUCACCAAAAUGAAGUGUAUCUGCCCUCAUCUGUGUUUGCUCCAUCAGUUGGUGAAAAAUCCAGUGGAAUGCAUGUGGCAUACUCAUGUACUAGGUAACUACGUGCAGUAUGCUGGAGUACAGAAGCUAUCACGCAGACUACAUUUAUAUGGUCCAACCACCAGUCCUAUUCUGAUUAUCAGUUUAUCUCAAGGUUGUUCCAACUUUUGAGACUGUUAGGAAGUGACAAGAUUUACACUUGCUACUUACCUCCCUGCUGUUUUAUCUAAUGGACCUUUUUCCAUUAAAUGUUAUUUAAGGGAAAUGCAAACGCAUGAAUGGUGUUUCAUCACUGUAACGCCCUCUUCUCUCCACCUGCUGCUCUAACCCGCUCAUCUUCCUGAAGUGUGGCCGACUGAGUGUCGUGCCCGGCGCACGGCGGGGAUCUGCGGUGCGUGCGCUCCCCCUGCCUCUUCCCGUGCAGGCUGUUAGCGCUUGGGGGGCUCUCUGUGCUGCACAGCCGAGGGCCUCGUUGGCGGCUUCGUAUGUAGUAGUGUGUGUGUGUGAGCCCCGAGCUCCAGCUUGUCCCUGCCCUGCCUGCCUCUCCCCUUUGGAGCCCUCAGCCCUUCUCCUGCGUUGGUUUCUGUUUUGUGCACCAGUUCGCUUGGCUCUUUAGAUCCCCCCGUAAGUGGCUCCUCACGCUGUCUGUCUAACUUCGCUUAACGUGACCAUCUCCAGGUCAGUCCACGCUGCUGCCAGUGGCAUCAUUGUGAAACGUGUACACAGAUGCCCCGCGGCACCUUCAUCCGCCCCUGUCAGUGGACACUCGGCUGCUUCCAUUCUCGGCUGUUGUGAACAGUGCUGAUGUGAAGGCUGGGCUGCAUGUAUCCUUCUGAAUGUUUUCUCCGGAUGAGUGGGGUCGGCAGGUUGUAUGGUGACUAUUUUCAGCUUUUUGUUAGGAAGCCCCCACACUCCUCCACAGUGGCCGCACCAGCUUGCGCUCCCAGCAGCAGCGUCGCGGGCUCCGCACCCUCUGCAGGCUUUGUCAGCUGUGGCCUUUGGGUGACGGCCCUUCCGGCCGGCGUGAGGUGCUGUCGCUGCGGCUCUGACUUGGUUUCUCGACUCUAACUUCUCUGUGGGAACCGCGCGUGUCAGCGAGUGACUGUGGCCACAGGUCUUGCUGCUGCCUUUGCGUCUCCUUUCGCCCUUUCUGUGCCUCAGUUUAAGGCGUGUGUCUUGGAAGCAGCAUCGAGGUAAAGUCUGUUUUCUGUCUAGUCUGAAACCUUCAACUCUAACGUGAGUCUGCUUACGUUUCACCUACGCACUGAAAUGCCUGGGUUUCCAUCUUCCUUCACUACCCUUCUUGCCCUUCCCCCGGCACGCUCCCUCCCUUCCUCACCUCCCUUCACACGUUUGGAAGUGACACAGCUACUCUUUUUGUUGGGACAGAUGUUUCAUCAGAAGCACCUUUACCCUUCAUUUAGCAGAGCGGCCCUUGAGUCCACACGCGAAGCUGCUUUUGGAUGCUGCUCUGACCGCGCCUCCGCCGUGCUCUCUUGCUCACCCAUCCCGAGCAAGUCCCAGCGCUCCGGAGCGAUCCUUGAAUCUCCUCCAGUGAUCCUUUCCUGAAGUCAAGCUGCUCGUCUGCAGAUGACGGGUCGCGAGCGCCGUGCAGCCUCGCUGCUGGGUGAUGCGCUGCGGCUGACCCUCCCUCUACCCUCCUGGGGUCUGCUGGAGAUCGGUCUGCGCUGUGUCCUUGAGUGCUGGCAACUCCUCUCGCGUCUCCUUCCGGCGUCCUCAGACGUGUCUGCGCUCCUGGUGUCCCUGCCAAGUCCAGCGUCGCGCGGACCGUCCCUGCGCUUUCUUCUGGGAGUUGCGCGGCUCUGGUGGCGGCGUCCCUCGCGCCCUCCGGGCAACGGCUGCGGCGUGCCCGUGCCCCCGUGCUGCUGCUGCUGGAGGGCCCAGCAGAGCCGCAGCUCCUCCCGAGCCAGCCCUGAGCGGAGCCGGGAGGGCCCCGCGAUGGUGAAGGUGACCAAGUCCAAAACUUUCCAAGCGUACCUGCCAAACUGCCACCGGACCUACAGCUGUGUCCACUGCAGGGCCCACCUGGCGAAUCAUGACGAGCUGAUCUCCAAGUCCUUUCAGGGAAGUCAGGGACGAGCCUACCUCUUCAACUCAGUGGUGAACGUGGGCUGCGGCCCUGCGGAGGAGCGAGUGCUGCUCACCGGCCUGCACGCCGUGGCCGACAUCCACUGCGAGAGUUGCAAGACCACGCUCGGGUGGAAAUACGAGCACGCCUUCGAAAGCAGCCAGAAGUAUAAAGAAGGGAAGUUCAUCAUCGAGCUCGCUCACAUGGUCAAAGACAACGGCUGGGAGUAAAGUGGGCGUCCCGUUCCCUGGGCGUGACCGAGACAGUCCCGUCAAGGAGCUGGGGCGCGUCCGAGGGCGGUGACCCCCCUGGCCGGCCCCUGGGUGAGGCAGCCCCCGCCAGCUAUGUCCUCUUCACGCACAUGGUUGUUUCUGAAAUGUUUCGAUGACCUGUUUCUAAUUUCUCAAGAUCCAGAGAAAGACCUGACUGAUGACGUGUCCAUCUAGCCCCUGCCUUCUGUAACCAGUGCUUUUAAGGCAGAGUUUGGCUGUGUUCUGUUUUGAUGGAAAACCAGACUGAGUGCCAUGGACCCCAGGGCGGCCUCUCUGGAGAGCCAGCCCUGCUCAUGUCUGGAGUGAAGGGAGGGGACCACUUCGCCCGACUCUUGGACCCACACUGUGGUGGUUCUGCACGCAGACCGCUGAGGGCAGAGCUCUGAAGGCUGUGCACCUCUGCACCAGGGUGCUUUCUAGCCUUGUUCAAGAGCAGACGGCGCCACUGGUAACCCUUAGAUGAGCGAGAGAGAGAAACGUGUCUAACGGAACACCCUGUUUGAAGCCAGUAGCUUCUUUGUCUAGAAGGCAGGUGAGCGAGUGGUCAGCAGACAUGGCCCCGGGCCUAUGCACAGCCCGAGCGGCUGGCCCACAGAGUUCGAGCUGAUCACACCGGACCGAGGGAAAGCGGACUUCCUUUUCUACUCUGAUGUACUUGAAGAAAAAGAAUUAUUUUUCCUGUAUUUGGAAGAGGCCAGAACAGGAUAAACUUCCAAACUAAGAUCUGCCACUGUUUUCGCGUUUUCCACAGAAGGUUCCAGCUGCAAGACAGGUGUAAACUCUGGUCGCUCGGGGGCCCCAGUCCACCCUGCUUCUGCUCGAGUUCCCAUGCACUGGGCCUCUGCAGGGCUGGGCUGCGUGUGGCUUCUGGCCAGUCUGCAGAGAGUGGAGGCCAAAAGGCCCUCUGGCCGGUGAGCCCGGCCUGCUCCUCGACGCAUCCAGAGGCCUUCAGUGUGCUCGCUGGGCCCUGAGACACCCAGGACCCUGGCUCCACAAUCCCACAGCCACAAACUGGAGACGGGGGGGCUCUCCCCUGAGCCAGAGCCCCAGCUGGUGCUCCAGAUCAGGUGAGCUUCCCGUGGGCACUCUCUGACCCACACCCAGGACCGCCCCCGGGUGCUGGGUCAUCCAUGAGGGUGCCCAGCAGGCCGCCUCCCGGCAGAGCCCCUUGAAGGUUUAGUGGGGGCCUGUCCUGAGGGCUGAGUCCGAACCCCCAAGAGCCAGCCUCAGCCAGCGGCCAGGCACUUCUCCAGCAGAUGCUUCUGGACGCCAAGAAGCCUCCUGUGGUUCCCAUGUCCACCGCACUCACACGUGGGCCAUGUGUACUGGGCACUUAGGUCUGGGCCGUCUCUGGGGGUGCGGCAGCCUUCCCCGCGGUGCGGGACGGCUGUGAAGCUGACGCCACGGCUCUCAGCCGCUUUCCUUUUGGGUCUUCUGCAAAACCCGAGCUCCUUUUGAAACCAAACGAACUGACCGUGAGUGGCUUCAAGGACGAAUGCUCCUGAGGCCACAGCCAGACGUGUGGGCAGAAUGCUGGGCGUCCCCUUUAAGUUCCUACACAGCUAUUACCCCGCGCCUUUUAUUUAAAUUAUUUAAGAUACUUUUUUCCUCGGAAGAGUGGGAGGUGAUGCAAGGAUUAUAAAUGUGCUUAAGCCCGCCAUGCAGUGUUCUCUGCACGUUUACUUUAGAAACGAGGUUUAGCUCUGGCCAUUCUGUACCUACAUGUAUAUAAGUAUAUAUAUAUAUAGUAUUUUUAUACCUUAAUGCUUACUCUUGAUGGCAUCCGUCAGCUAUUAGGAGGGAUCAGAAAUGGGAAUUGUUUCAUAAGUCCUUUACUUUACCUGAUGCCCUCAGCAGGGACUCACACAAUCUGAACGUUUUUAACAUCUAGAGAAGUACAAUCUCAGCUUAGACAUAAACCCUCCCUCGUCAGAGGCUCUGGGCGGGCGUCCCCUCUGUGGAGCUGUGGAUCUUCAGCCUGGGGUGGCUGGCCUUCCGUCAGGGCAGGUGGGCCCAGCCGCUGGAUGGACAGACGGAUGGACAGAAGCCCAGGCCAGCCCAAAGGCGUGCUCCCCAAGCAGGACCGCCCGUGUCUGGCCUCUCCAUGCUGUCUGAGCUUCCAAAAUAAAGCUUGCAAUGUUCA